UUGUGGGAAAUCGAAGCUUUUGAAUAUCUACGAAUUUUACCCGCAGGAGAAGGAGAAGGAUAAAUCUCUGUUUUUUUCGUUGUGUUCUUGCUUCUCUGAUUAUGGCUCUCCCCAGGCUGCGCUGCUUCUUCAUGGCAGUUUUUCUCCUAUUUUUUGCUGCUCAUCGCUCUGUUCGUGCUCUGCAUUCCUCUACUGAUCUCAACCCCCCUUAUCCUAAAGCCAUCUCCGAUUUGAAGGAGGCGAUUGUGAAGACGUUAGGGUUUCAGGCGGACGAUUUUAAGGUCUCGGGGUUCGAUCUCAGAGAUGCGCAGGUCGGCCAUUCGGUUGCUUAUGAGUUCGAUUUGGAGAUUGAUAACAAGGUUGUUCCGUUUAAGCUUUUGGAGGACGUCAAUCGCUGGGAGUACGUAGAUUUGCCCAUUUUUCGAAUUCAGGAGCAGUCCCCUCGACCUGGUGACGAGAAUUCGUUGGUUCAGAAACGUAAUCCUGGCUAUGAUUCGCCUGUUUUGGCUCCCUUUCAGCUCGCCGGACCUAUGGAGCUCUGGAUUCAGGAUGCCGAUGGCAUGAGGGUUUCUUUGCCGCAUGAUGUGGACGCUGGUGUGUUGAAGAAGGUUGUUUUGGCAGAUGGAGCAGUUGUUACUGUAACUGGUGCUAGGUCUGUUAGCCUGCGCCACCCACUUGAUCUUCCUCUCCCGCUCAACCGAACAGGGAACGGAUUCGCAUCUGGUCUUGUAGCCUUGGCUGAACGGCUUCGCCACAUUUCCCGCACUCAAGCAACCCCACUUCUUUCCCUUCGUAUCAUUGGUCCUACCUCCCUUACAUCAUCUCCUAGCUCCAGCAACAGGCUCAAGCUCAAACGCCUUGCUCCCGGUCUCGUGGAACUCUCAUCACCUUCUAAAAACAUCCAUGCCAUUGAGUCUCCUUCCUCCGUCCAUCUUCAAGGUGAGGCCCCCACCAUUCUAACGCCCAAGGCAUUCACAACUCUGUGGCCGAUCACAUCCAUCAACGGCUCGAACUCGAACUUACUUGGUUUCGAGGCACUCCUCACAUCCAUUCUCGGCCCCAAGGCAGACAAAAAGGGCUCCUUCAAGCUGUUGAAGGCCAAUGUCUCUGCCCAGACAUUCGUGAAGAUCGGUUUUGGCGUUGACAAGAAGGUGAAAGAAGGGGAUGGGAUCAACUGGGAAGGAUUUCAAGAAUGGAGGACUAAGCCUGAGGUUGUGAGGAUGCAUUUGGAGGUACUGGCGAAGGUCGAUGGGGAGAGGAUCAUACCGGAGAGGGUGAUACCCGUUAAACCAGUUAUGAUCGAGGACACCGCUGCACCUCACCUGCUACUGGGAAACAUGACGUUGUCGAAAACUCCAACUGUUUACACCCCAUCCGAUCCAUUCACCAUUUAAUUGCGAUCUGUGUUUUGGUUUUGAAAAGUGUAAAGAAUAUACAUAAAGUGGUGAGCAUAGAGAAGUUUAUGAAUACUCCGUACAAAUUAUUAAAAUGGGAAGUUGUAUGCAAUUGCAAAUGCAACUCAGCUAAAUUUAAUCUCUUUAUUCAUUCUCA